UUUUUUUUGCUCUUGGUAAAGAUUAAAAAGCACCAUGCACAAACUAUACAUCGGGAAUCUGGGGGACAGCGUGACCGCUGAGGACUUGGUGAAAACCUUCGAGGAUCAUAAGAUCCCUUACUCCGGACAGUUCCUCAUGAAGAACGGCUAUGCCUUCGUGGACUGCCCCGAUGACCACUGGGCGAUGAAAGCCAUCGAAACAUUUUCGGGUAAAGUGGAACUUCAUGGGAAACGCAUUGAGGUGGAGCAUUCUGUCCCCAAGAAACAAAGGACCAGAAAACUGCAGAUCAGGAACAUCCCCCCCCACCUGCAGUGGGAGGUGCUGGACGGACUGCUGGCUCAGUGUGGGACCGUAGAAAACUGUGAACAAGUGAAUACAGAGAGCGAGACUGCGGUGGUUAACGUCACAUACGCUUCCCGGGAGCACGCCAGACAAGCCAUCCAGAAGCUGAACGGAUAUCAGCUGGAGAGCAACGCCCUGCGCGUCUCCUACAUCCCCGACGAGACCUCCGACAUGGACGGACAGCGGGGGACCGAGAACGGCCGUCGCCCCGGCUACGGGCCCCGCGGCGGACUCCGCGGCGGCUCCCCGAACUCGGGAAUGCCACCCAAACCUCCGCACGCCGACAUCCCCCUCAGGCUGCUGGUGCCCACCCAGUACGUUGGAGCCAUCAUCGGCAAGGAGGGAGCCACCAUCCGCAACAUCACCAAGCAGACGCAGAGCAAGAUUGACGUCCACCGUAAGGAGAACGCCGGGGCCGCUGAGAAGCCCAUCAGCAUCCACUCCACGCCGGAAGGCUGCUCAGCCGCCUGCCGCAUGAUCCUGGAGAUCAUGCACCAGGAGGCCAAAGACACCAAGACGGCGGAUGAGGUCCCUCUGAAGGUUCUCGCCCACAACAACUUUGUCGGCCGGCUUAUCGGGAAGGAAGGACGCAACCUGAAAAAAGUGGAGCAGGACACGGAUACUAAGAUAACCAUCUCACCCCUCCAGGACCUGACCCUGUAUAACCCGGAGAGGACCAUCACUGUCAAAGGCUCCAUCGAAGCUUGCUGCAAGGCCGAGGUGGAGAUCAUGAAGAAGGUCAGAGAGGCCUACGAGAACGACAUUGCAGCCAUGAACCAACAAACUCAUCUGAUCCCUGGACUGAACCUGGGCGCUCUGGGCCUCUUCCCUCCUUCAUCCAACAUGCCCCCCCCACCACCUGGAAAUGCAGUGGGAGGAGCCCCCUAUGGCUCCUUUGGGGCCCCGGAGCAGGAGACGGUCCAUGUCUACAUCCCAGCUCAAGCAGUGGGGGCCAUCAUCGGCAAGAAGGGACAGCACAUCAAACAGCUGAGCCGCUUCGCUGGAGCCUCCAUUAAGAUCGCGCCGGCGGAAACCCCAGACUCCAAAAUGAGGAUGGUGAUUGUGACGGGACCCCCAGAGGCUCAGUUCAAGGCUCAGGGCAGAAUCUAUGGAAAACUGAAAGAGGAGAAUUUUUUUGGACCAAAAGAGGAAGUCAAGCUGGAGACUCACAUUAAAAUGGCGGCUGCUGCUGCAGGGAGAGUCAUCGGCAAAGGAGGAAAGACGGUGAAUGAGCUGCAGAACCUGACAGCAGCUGAGGUGGUCGUCCCCAGAGAGCAAACACCUGAUGAAAACGAUCAGGUCAUCGUCAAGAUCAAUGGACAUUUCUAUGCCAGCCAGCUGGCUCAGAGGAAGAUUCGUGAUAUCCUGACGCAGGUCAAAAUGUCUCAGAAAGGUGGGAUGGGUAUAGGCCCCGGCCCCAGCCCCCAGGGUUUCACCGAAAUGGGCAGCCCUACGCCGGGACUGAAUCAGGAUCACCAGCCACGCAGGAAGUGAGGGCCUCUUCCCACCCCACCUGACUGACGUGUGCAGACGGACGGACGGACGAACGGAUUCAGAAGAGUAAAACACGGACCCAGCAAUAGACAGGGAGAAAUAUUGAGAAGGGUGGCGCUACGCCUGACAGCCACUGAGAAAGCCGGAAAAAUUAGGAAAAAA